AUGGUGCUACGCUGGGCGCUGGCGCUCAGCAGGUUCAACUUCACCUUAGAGUUCCUGUCGGGAGAGAAGAAUAACAUGGCGGACUGGUUGUCGCGGUACGUAGCGGAAGAUGAAGAGUGCGACGCAGAGAUCGAGGCAAUGGCUUUGGGCGGUAGAGUGAUAGGCUACGUGGGCCAACUGCUGGGGAGCUCCCAGGUGUCGGAAGAGGACUUUAUGAGAGAGUACCGGCAGCUGGAGCCGCAAGGAGUGCCUGGAGUGAAGAAGGAUGGCAUGUGGUGGCGGCAGGCCAUGACUGGCAAGGUGUACGUCCCGGAGGCGAAAGUGGUAAGAUAG